GACCGACACAUCUCUUUUCCACUCUGCCACCAGUCCAUCGCCGAUUUCUACAGUUAGAGUGAGAGAGAGAGAGAGAGAGAGAUGGGUCCACCAAACAAGAAUGCCCUUACGAUCUCCCAGGAUGCGUUCGACGAGCUGGUGAAAGAGAACAUGGAAGACCUCGGCAUGGACCCGGUUGAAGCCCUCCAAGACGCCAUCCAGACCCUUACUCUCCAAGGCGUCGAUCUCUCCGGUAUAGUGACGUGCGUUCCUGGAGAGGGUAGUGCAAAAGACAACCCAGUGAUUCAUUGUUUGGAAAGAUUGAACGAGCUGGAAUCUAUUCCAAAGGAUCGAAUUAGUGGGGAUGAGAUGGCUGGCUUGUUUGAUAAGCUAACAGAACUGUGUAGUGUUGAAGGGUCUGGAAAUGCAGCAAUAGCUGUAAAAAAUGGUGGGGUGGAAUUGGUUUGCUCUAUUUGUUCUAAGAUAGCGAUUGGAUCCAAGCAGGUUCUUGUUUCGGCUUUGAAGACAUUGGCAUUGUUUCUUUACGAUGUCCAAAGUACAGAAACAUUUAGGUCCAGUGAUGGACCAACAAUCUUGGCCGGUAUCUUAAAAGGUGAAAGUGAAAGUUUAGACAUAUUGGAUUGUGGUUUUAAUGUUGUUGCUGCAGCUGCAACUGGCAAUGAGAUUCUGAAAGAGUCAUUCAUGGAAUUGAAAAUUGAUGAACUUAUUUUGCAAGUACUGAAUAGACAGAACACAGGGAAUGUUCAAAGUUUAUAUGAUGCCAUUCGUGUUCUGUUAACACCGGAUGAUAACCGUGUUGUGGCUUCCCAAGUUUAUGGUUAUGCACGAAGGUUUGCGAAGAUUGGGAUUGCAGGAGCUCUUGUGGACUCAUUGUGUGGAGGGCUUGCUUCACCUAGUCUAGUUUCAGCAAGCAUUGCUUUAAAGGCUGUUGCUGUCAAUGAUGAAAUAUGUAAAUCCAUUGCUGAAAGAGGAGGUGUUGACACAAUUCUCAAAUGUAUUGAUGACAGCAGUCAACAAGGCAACAAAACAGUAGCUAGAACUUGUUGUUCGUUGUUAUCCAAGUUGGCAGCAAGUGACUCAAAUAAGAGUGCUAUCAUAGAAAAAGGGGGCAUGGAAAGGCUAAUCCAACUUUCAGGAAGAUUUUCUGAUGACCCUUCUGUCCUGCAAGAGGUUAUGUCUAUCAUUACAGUACUCUCCUUAAGGUCCCCAAAUAAUGCAGCCCGUGCCAUAGAAGCUGGAGCUGGAGACCUUGCUAUCCAAGCAAUGCUGAAGUUUCCAUCUGCACAACAAUUGCAGAGGAAUUCCUGCCUCAUGAUCCGCAAUCUUGUUGUUAGGAACCCCGAGAAUAGAACACUCCUGCUCAGCCAAGGCAUUGAGAAAAUUAUAAGGAGGGCCAAGGAAAAUCAUGAAACCUGCAAGGAUGCUGCAACUGAUGCUCUGAGGGAUUUGGGCCUUGAUAAUUACUGCUCGUAGCUUAUACCCAAGGAUUGAUAGCUUGUAUCUUUUCCAAUGAAAAUUUAUUUCCACCCCAUUUUGGUCUUGUAUGUAUUAUAGCCAUGACUUGCAUCUAGAUGGACAUGGACAAGCUCAUUGCUGAAAUAUGCGCAGCUUUCUCACAAAAAAUGGCGCACGAUUUCUGAGGGCAAAGGUUUUUUCUUUUUUCUUUUUCAGAGAGAUUGAAAAAACGAGACCUCCAAGCUGGAUCUAAGCACAAUUGAACUAAGCCAUGCUAGGCUUUCUAAGGUCAAAGUUGGAAAUAUAUUUCAUAUGCAUUAUUGUUUUGUUUUC